CAUAGGUGUAGUCUGCCCUAAAACUUUAAAGAAGAAGAAGUGACCUCAUAACAAAGCCUCUUGGAUUUUUGUAUUUAGCUUGCUUGCUAACAAAGAGGUCUAGAAGUGCAAGUCGAGUAUGCUUUGCCAUAUGACAUAGCAAUGGCGUAGGCUAUAUAAAUGUUAGGGAUGUUUCUGUAGCUUGUAAUUUUAGUUUUUAGCUAAAAUGUACGUUGCUGACAACACCAAGUGGCUCAAACAUUGGCUGGCUAGCUAACUCGAAACGAGAUGUUCAUAUUUUAAGAGCUAUUCGACCAUUUACCUAUACUGUUAAUCUGACUCGGCUCUGAUUCUUCAAUUUGAACACAUUUAGCUGAGUUUAUCAAGCAGCAAUUCAGCAUCCUGGUCUACCCCUCUCCUGCUCCUCCUCUCCUCUCCUUUCUUGUCCUGGUCCUGUGCACUAUGACCAUGCGUGUGGAUGCAAAAGUUGUUAUGCUUGGGAAAGAGAGUGUGGGCAAGACCAGCCUUGUGGAGAGAUAUGUUCACCACCGCUUUCUUGUCGGCCCCUACCAGAACACUAUUGGGGCUGCAUUUGUUGCCAAACCAAUCCAGGUGGGAGACAAGGUGGUUACACUGGGAAUAUGGGACACGGCUGGAUCAGAGCGCUACGAGGCUAUGAGUAGAAUCUACUACAGAGGAGCCAGGGCUGCCAUUGUCUGCUAUGAUUUGACGGACACCAGCAGUUUCCAGCGAGCUAGAUUCUGGGUGAAGGAGCUGCAAAACUGUGACAAGCACUGCAAUAUAUACCUGUGUGGCACAAAGAUUGACCUGAUUGAGAGUGACCGGGGCCUGCGGCAAGUAGACUACCAUGACGUUCAGGACUUUGCUGACGAGAUUGGGGCUAAACAUUUUGAAACAUCCAGUAAAACAGGACACAACGUGGAUGAGCUGUUCCAAAAGGUUGCAGAGGACUACAACAGCAUCUCCUUUCAAUUCUUGACCGAAGAGACCGGUAUUGACUUGGGUCAGAAGAAGGACUCUUAUUUCUCUUCCUGCUGCCACGGUUAAGCCUUUACUGGAUGAACCGCGAUCCCUUGCUGUAAAACCAACCUGGAAAUGCAGGAUGGAUGCUACACAUCCCACCUGGGGCCUGUCCAUUUAAAACAGAGAAAGAAAGCGAGGAGCCCAAACAGUGUUACUGUUUUUUUUUUUGGUAGCUUUUUUCAGUUGUCCCAUAGACGAUUACAUGCUCACUGCAUUUAAAGGAGUCAUCACAAUAGUUGGAUGCGACCCCUCUCCCAUGACAAGGGACCUGCCAAGAGCGAUAUCGGAAUGAAGCAUACGAGGAACUAGCACCUCAACCCCACUUUUUUUUUUUGAUUUCCUUAGUGUCUAUCAACCCACCUUAUAUAAAUGAAUUAUGCUGAUGACACAAAUGGCCUUCAUCACUCAGUCAAAUGCCUUGAGUGAGUGUGCUUCUUAAUGACUUGAUUUGAAUAAGCAUUCUGUGAACACUGUUUUCAUUGUCUACUCUUCAUGGUGAAAUGUACUUGCCAAACUAUGUACCUGCACAUUUAUUGUCAUCUAAUGUGUUUUUCUUUGCGUCAUAAGUUCUGAUACAGUUGAAAGUAUGGAAUGCAACUAGAAAGAUUGCACCAACACAGGAAAAAGCUUGUGGGUAAAUGUAAUAUGAUAGUUAUGUCGCCAUGGCUAAAAGUACAAGAUCUAGUUUAUGUGGUCCUCUGUAAGUCAGUUGGUAGAGCAUGGCGCUUACACCGCCAGGGUUGAGGGUUUGAUUCCCUGGGCCACCCAUACGUAAAAUAUAUGAACGCCUUACUGUAAGUCACUUUGGAUAAAACUGUCUGCUAAAUGGCUUCUAUAUAUAUAUAUAUAUAUAUAUAUACUCAAACCCUACAUACAGCUAUGUUUAACUAAUGUUCAAUGUAAUCUCCAAGUCACUAUUCCAAUGUUACGGAUGCCUCAUCACCGUGGCUGACCAUUGUCGUUACUCCACACAAGUUGCAAUUUUCUGUGAAUGUGUUGUUACUGUUUACACUUUUCAAGAAACCUUUGACCUUUUGAGACAGUCUAGCCAAUGGCAGAUUUUUACUUGAUUUUACCAAUGUGUGUGAAAAUGUAUAUUAGUUAGAGAUAUUAUUGCAUUUGAGAACCUCUCUGAGGGUUUCUCAGUCCCACUGAAGUUGUGCCUGUAGGGUACUAGAAGUAAGCAGCAGCAAUGGGCCCACAGGCAUGAAUCACAUAUCCAUCAUUAGCUGUGUAUAGACGGCUCCAUUCAAGUGUACAUACACUUCAUCAAACGUGUUAUUGUUUACACACACACACAGCACCUUCUAGUGGCGCCACUCCCCAGGACGCAGACCUGGUGCCUGAGAAAGAGGACUAGUUCACAUAGCUCAUUUUUAUGAAUGGCUUACAGGACUGUUAUUGCAAGGGGCACAGGCACAAAGCAAGAGGUUGUUUGCAGUCCCACGUCUAUUUGAUGCCUUGAAGAUAUAACAUGCAUAUAGUCCCAACACCAUUACAGGUCCACAGAGAGUCGGCUGAUAUGAUCAUUCAUUGUGUGGACUGUUUUGUAGCAUGUUGUAAAUUGAAAAAAUAAAGACUAGAUUUCUGCAA